GUGGCGUGUGCGCAGGCGCGCCCGCCAUGGUUCCCGAGCCGCCCACGCUGCUGUCAUGAGGAUGUCUUGCAGUGGUUGGGUGUCGGGUGGGGCGGCGCCCCCCAUGGUACUGGCGCCACCCGACUCCCUCGCCUACCGUCGCUACCUCCGCUUCCUCCCCAGCCAGGAGGAGUCUGGAGGGAAGUUCCUGGCGCUGGAGGGCGCGGAGGGCUUGGACCCGCAGGGGCGGCUCGUCGACCUCAGGCGGCACGGGGAAGCCGGGUACGGGCACGAGGGAGUGCAAUAUCAGAACCCUAAAAAUGGGAGCACUGGGACGGCAGAGAUAGAAGGCGGGAAGCUCGGUGAUAAGGUAGCGGAUGUCAGUGUGAGCUCUCGGGUUCAGCAGUACACAGCUAUGCUUCGUGCCCGACACAGCGCGCAAUAUAAUACGCCGCUUCAGACGUCCCGAUCCUGCUCCAGCAUUGUCUUUCGGAGUUCGCGUCGCAGUCUGUUUUUCCGGUCGGCCGAAGGGCACGAAAACAGCGGCAAGGAGGGGCCCGACGAGUCCGGAUGCGAGAGCUCGCGCAACGGCUCCGUGGACUCAGGUGAAGGGGAGGUUGCCUUCUCCCCGAGGUACCGCUCCUUCUCCCUGCCAUGGCCCAGUGACCCGACGUGGCGCUGGUCGAGCGAUCCCAACAUAACCAGCAUGGCGGGCGUCCAGUCUUCCGCCUUCGGGUCCGUCGUAGGCCGUCGGGCCAGCGACCAGCACAGCGCCUCCCUCGUGCGCCUCGACUCCGCCACCAGCGACGAGGGCUGCCCCCGCGACGGAUCGACGGGCCCGACGCCGCCGCCCUCACCUGUGUUCCGUCUGUCUGCGGCAAACCACCUCAUGGGACUCAUCACGCCCUUCAAGUCCCUCUCCCCCGCAUCCUCCAUGGGUUCGCACCUGGGCUCGGUGGAGGACCUGCCGCUCCUGCGCUCCAGGUCGCUGGGCCACGUCCCUGACCACUGGGCGCGCUCGCACUCGGCGGACAGCGCCGUCGAGGUGGAGGAGGAGUCGACCAUUGUCACGCCCUCUUUCUCGCCUGCUGUGCCUCCUGCGGACGCACCUGAGGCGUUAUCCAGUUUCUUGGCGGGCGGCGAGCAGGUCAACGGCGGGCCGGAGGCGGGGGCGAGCGGCACGUGCGAUGCCUGUAGCAACGAGAGAAAGCUCGCGGCGGCGGAGAGCGGUCAGUGCAGUGAUGGCAAGUGCCCCGCGGACGAGCCUUGCGUACCCAAUGGUGAUAUAGUGUUUGGUGAGAGUGAUGGUGAAAGUCACGCUUAUUGCGAUUGUAAUGAAAAUUGUGAGAAAGACGUGAGCGUUGUGCGGGAGAGCGUCGGCGAUUGUUUGAGAACAGUGGAGCUGCGGAAGAAAUUGAGUCAGAGUGGGAAUCGUCGCGAGCGCCGGCACGGGGGCGUGAACGGCGAGGUGCUGUUCCGUCACGCCCGCGCCUGCGGCGUCGUGCAGAGCCCUGAGGACCGGGAGGCGGCGGCCAAGAAGGUGCUGAGGACGCCGUCCGUGGUGAUCAGCGACCACAGCGGCGACACCAUCAGCCUCACCGUCGCCCUCGCCUCCAGCGACUUCUCCAUCGACCAGUUGGGGAAGAUUGAGAAGCUGCGGGAAUCGGCAAGCCCGACACUGUCCGCGGGCGACGACAACGCCUCCCGGAAGGUGUCCAGCUGCUCCUCGUGCUCCAGCGUGAGCACCGUCGACAUGACCACGCCCCUCACCACCAUUAGCCUCGACAGCCUCAUCGAGGUGCCGAAUCGACGCAUCUCGGACUGCUCCACGUGCAGCAACGUCACGGCCUCCGAGGACGAGGUGGAGCACGAACUGUCAAGGCCUCCGCCCCCGAGAAAGACGUCUAACUGGCGCAAGCUGCGAAGUAUAGUACAGUGGACACCCUUCAUCCAGACAUACAAGAAGCACAAGUAUCCAUGGGUGCAGCUUGCCGGACAUCAAGGUAACUUUCUCGCUGGUUAUAAGCAAGGGACUAUACUGAAGAAGUUGUGCCCAGCAGAAGAGAAAGCUUUGGAAGCUAUUAAAAAGGAUAUUUUACGACCCUACGUUCCUACAUACAUGGGUGUGGUGGAAGGGACAGACGGGGAAAGGUACCUUCAGCUGCAAGAUCUUUUGAGUGACUUCACUCUUCCGUGCGUUAUGGACAUCAAAAUGGGUGUCCGCACUUACCUAGAGGACGAGCUGGCAAAAGCAAGAGAGAAACCCAAACUAAGAAAGGAUAUGUAUGAAAAAAUGGUACAGAUAGACCCCAAAGCUCCGACAGAAGCAGAGAACAGAGCUAAAGCUGUCACCAAACCCCGGUACAUGGUAUGGCGGGAGACCAUAUCAUCUACAGCUACCCAGGGAUUUAGGAUAGAAGGCAUGAGAAGAGGAGAUGGAACAUCGAGUAAAGACUUCAAAACCACACGCACAAGAGAGCAGGUUCUUGCCUCUCUCAAUAGUUUCCUUCAGGGAUACCCUCAUGCUGCUAGUCGAUAUGUCCAGCAGUUGAAGUCUAUCAAAGCUACAUUGGAGGCUUCUGCUUUUUUUAAAACUCAUGAGCUUAUAGGCAGCUCUCUUUUGUUUGUUCAUAAUGAAAGUUCAGCUUCAGUGAAGCUUAUUGAUUUUGCCAAGACCAUUCCUUUGCCGGAAAAUGUAGAGAUCACUCACCGGAAGCCAUGGUCAGAGGGAACACAUGAAGAUGGCUAUCUCCUUGGUUUGGAUAACCUCAUUGACUUGUUCUCGGUAAUAGAGAAGAACCUUAAUGUAAAUGAUGCCAUAACAAAAACGGGGACACCUGCUACCACCACCAAUGCCACCACUCAAGAGGAAACCAGCAGCAGUACCAGCAGUGCACUCACUACCAAUACCACCAAUACCACCACCACCACCACCAACACCACAUCCAGCAGCAAUAGCAACAGCACCUCUACCUAGGUCAAAUACAGUACAAGUUGGAGAAGAAUGUACAAAGCCGUAGUGUCUAUACAGAUUUAGUAAAAAAAAAAAAAAUAAAUAAAAAAAAAAAAAAAAUUAAAAUUAAUAAUAAUUUCUGUAUUAUAAAAAAUUCUGCAAUGCUUCACUGUUAAUGACAUUCAGAAAAUGAGUGGAUAGUACUGUGUGCCAUUAUGAAACAAACUAUACCAUGUGUCCUGAAGAGUGUGAAGUUAGAAAUGGCUUGCCCUGUGAUGAGACUGUUCAGCAGUAAUGAAAGUUUACUGUAACUCCAGUGUGUAGAAAAGUGCAUACUCUUAUAUAAACACUAAUGGGACUAGUUGUAGCCUAUUCAGUGAAUAUUUGAACAUUUAAAGCCUGAUUCCAGGAAAAUAUUUUUUUUGUGGCCUUUUGUAUAUAGCAAAUGUACAUAUCCUUGAUUACCUCUUAAAAAUACAAGUCAUUUAUAUGAAAUAACAUUACAGUUCCAGAACUGUUACAAUGGACUACUAAUAACUGUUACUGAUGCUCCACCUGUAGGACAUAAGCCAAAAGUCACUACUACUUUAGUCACUUCUCCCCUCUUUUUUUUCUCUCUUCUUUUUUCAGGAAAAGUAUCUUUCUUGAUAUUUAUUGAAAAUGUUACAUCAUCAUUAAACAUUAAUUUAUU